AUGCGCAUCCUCAACAUCGUCUGGGCCAUCUUUGCCUUCCUGCUCCUGGCCGCGGGCGUCAUCUCUAUCGUCGCCUCUGUCAUCUUCAACAGCGCCGGACACCCUUUCCUCAACAUGAUCGCCACCAAAGUGGAUUUCAAACUGGGGAUCGGCUUGGGUGUGAUCUACAUCAUGAGCUGUAUCGUCUCCGUCCCAGCCUUCAUGGCAUCGUUCGAGAACCCGGUGAUGCUCAAAUUCCUCAACUGGUGGCUUGUCGGAUGUAUGGCUGUCACCCUCGCCUUUGGAAGCAUCUUCUGGGUCCUCUCACUGGAACAGCUCAAUACCUUCUUCAACGUCUGGAAAGCGCAGACAUCCACCAUCCAACAGACUAUUCAAGAUCAAUUCUCCUGCUGUGGCUACUUUAAUGGCACCGCAGAAGGAGGGUUCUCAACAACAGCUGGAUUUUGUUCCGACGCGACAUUUGCAGCUGCUCAGACCGGUUGUCAAAAUACCAGUACGUCCUUCUCCCCCUCUCCCUUUGACAACAGUAAACCAAUACCAGGCUUCAUAGUCACAUCCGCCACCUCCCCCGGAACAGAUUUCACUCUCGAAACCAUUUUUUCCACCGUUUAUGGUUUUGACAUCAUUCUCGUUUCGUUCUUCUUGGCUACUGUCUGCUUGAUCAACGAGCGAGGGAUAAGUGUGAGGUUCAAGAGGAUCGAUGCCAAGCGCGGUGGAAGUGGUUUCGUGUAG